AUGUUCAAAUUGGUGGUGUUGUCUGCUCUAUUAGCUCUCGCUGUCGCUAAACCAAGCGGAGUGUGGGUGGAAAAUCCAGUAGUGGAAACUUACAGCGCACCAGUAGUAGCUGCAGUACCUUCCGCUGUAAGUCACACCUACAGAAAGGACGUCAUCAGUGAACCAGCAGUCGUUGCUUAUUCAACACCAGUUGUUCAAAAGUAUGUAGCCACAGCUCCUGUUGUCGCCGCCCCCGUUGUUCAGAAAUACGUAGCUACUGCUCCGGUUGUUCAAAAAUAUGUCGCUGCACCUAUUGCCGUUCCUGCUGCACUUAGUCACAGUUAUAGAAGUGACAUCGUCAGUAAACCAGUUAUUGCAACUUACGCCGCUCCAUGGGCGUACGGACACGGAUGGUAA